CUCUCUCUCGCGCGCGCGCGCGCAGGCAGAUGCAGAUGGAUAGGGUUUAAUGCAGAGGUGCAUUAGGGAUGCGUGGUCAGAGCAGAGGGGAGGAGGCGUUCUGCACUCACGCAUUGUCAUGCAAACAGAGACCACCGCCUCGCCAUUGUCUCGCGGGCAGCAACUUUAUUAUAAACACACCACGAGCCGCCCGGGCGCAGCACAGCACCGGCACCGAGCGACACGCACCCCGCAGGACGCACUCUGGAUACUGCGUGCACGACACAACAGCAGCUCGCCGAAGAUCGUUGUUAUAAAAGAAUAUACCGCUGGAUCUGAGAGGAGAGACGCGCGAGAGCCUUCUUUCGUUCACCGAAACUCUUACUGCGCGUGAUAGGAACCCGGAGCACCUGGCGUCUCCAUCCGUCCUCCACAUGUACAAAAUGGAUUACUCGUAUCUGAACACUUAUGACUCGUGUAUGGCGGCCAUGGAGGCGUCGGCGUACGCGGACUUUAACUCGUGCAGUCAGACCAACACGUUUCAGUACAACCCCAUCCGGACCGGCUUCGGCUCGAACCCGGGAUGCGCGCCGCUCACCUCGGCCAGCUGCACUCUGGGCGCGCUGAGGGAACACCAGCCCGCGCCUUAUUCCACAGUUCCAUACAAGUUUUUCUCGGACCCGUCCGGACUGAACGAGAAGCGCAAGCAGCGGCGGAUCCGCACGACCUUCACGAGCGCGCAGCUGAAGGAGCUCGAGCGGGUGUUCGCGGAGACACAUUACCCGGAUAUUUACACCCGAGAGGAGCUCGCGCUCAAGAUCGACCUCACCGAGGCCAGAGUUCAGGUUUGGUUCCAGAACAGAAGGGCCAAGUUUCGCAAGCAAGAACGCGCAGCCAACUCCAAAGGCGGAACCUCUGGAAGCAACUCCAGCAGUAAGAAAUCUGGAGAGAAUCGCUCUUCGUCCGAGGACGAUGAGUCCAAGGAGCCCACGUGCAGCCCGACGCCCGACAGCACCGCGUCUCUCCCCAGUUCUGGAAACAUGGGCAGUCCUGGAGCGAGCAGCCUCAGUCCCAGCCCGGUGUCGGGUUCUUCGGCCGCCUUCGCCAACUCUUCCAUCUCGCCGUCGAUCCACCAGGGUCUCAAGACCUCGCCGUGGCCGAGCAUCGGGUCUGGAGCGGGCGGACUGACCCACGGCGUCCCUCAGACCCCAGACCUGCUGAAAGCCUGGCAGCCGGCAGACAGUAUGGCGGCCGGCCCGUUCGCGGGGGUUCUGUCUUCAUUUCACAGGAAACCAAACACGAUCAAGACCAAUCUCUUCUAGAGACUCUCUCUCUCUCUCUCUCUCUCUCUCUCUCUCGCUCUCUCUCUCUUUGUUUUGUUUAGAGCUGGACUCCUGUUCUAUAAUUUAUUGUCAUGUUCAACUUAUGGGCGCUUCUUUUAUGUGUGUGUGUGUGUGUGUGAGCGCGCGCGCGCGUGUUGAUUCAAUGGUUCAUAACAGGUUUGUGUUCAUCACACCUGUGAUAAUAUCUUCUGUGAUUCUGUCUGUGAUGUUCUCUGUUUCACAUCUUUAACACUGGAAACCAGACGCCUUGCUGAUCACGCGCUUCGGCGAAUCAGCUUUACUCGACUGCUUUUAUUUGCUUCUUCGAUGAGGUUCUAGAUUCAUGUGAGCGGACACUUUUGUCCUUGUUUAGUUCAGAUUGACAACCAGAAAUGGAGCGAUGAUGUUUCGGUCAGCUCGUUUGAUCUCUCAGUCCUGAAGAUAAGAUUCUUGUUCGUCAGAUCUCAUCCAGGACUCAUUCUUCAUCGGUUCUGUCGUCUGUGAGCUGGAACAGGACUGUGUCGUUGAUUCGGUGAAUUUGGAUUGAUGCCGUUCAAACUGUGUGUGUGUGUGUGCGUGUGUGUGACCCCGAAAACAAGCAUAGUCAAGUAAGUCACUUGUAGUUAUUUAUUAAAAGAAAAAAUGUUGGGAUGGUCAGAUGAUUUUUUUAAGCCUUUUAAAAUGAAACGAACAUAUUUUGUAAAUAUUAAUAUAAAUACGCUGUAGUUUCUUUUUUUUAAGGUAACCUGGCACAGUGCACGCCAUGUGUUUCAUGAAUGACUGCUGUAUAUAAUCCACAAAAAUAAAGAGCA